AUGGUCAGACGGGUUAUUUGUUUAUUUUGUGUAUUUGUUGAUAAGACCGCAAAAUUUUGUUUACGCAGAUUAGUAAUAGAUUUAUGUAUAUUUUGAAUAUAAAUGCAAAUACACUUAUAAGUUUUCUUAGCAAUAAAACCUUGAAUUCAUGUAAAUUACAAUUAUGUUCAAUCACUUGAAGGAUAUUUUAGCUGAAAUUGAGGAGAGAAAUCAGAACGAGGAAAUACUUCCUUAUGAAGCAGAAUUUCUACAGCAAUUGCGUAAUUUAUCAAGUUGGGAAAAGAUCUUCCUACAGAAACGUCUGUAUGCAUGUGAAUGGCAAGUAGGCAGUCCCCAUUUAAUGGCUGUACUGCAGCAGGAAGGACUCUUCAACAUUUCCCUCUAUCUUACCAAUCUCUCUAAUGCCGAUGACGCCAAUAACAUCCUUAAUGAUCUCCUUGAGGUGGAACACAGUCUUUUGACUGAGAUUGUUCUCAGUGCCGCUAUGGAGAGCUCUCAAUCGGAAAAGCUUGCGUGCCUUUUGGAGAAAUGCUGUGAAACUGCCUUAAAAGAUCUUCUCAAAGAUCCAAGUCUGGAAAUUCCCAAUUACAUGGAACGCCUUGAAAUUCAUCUCCGAGAUAAAAGUGAUUUGCAGCAUUUUCGAAAAAUGCAUUUAAAAAUACUUGCAUCUCUGCACGAAUCACAAAUUCUGGAAGCACUCACUAAACAGAAAGAAUGGGCUGAAGAAGGAGUAUUUAUGAGAAAUUCAUCUCUAAACGCACUACUUUCUCAGAUAACUAAGAUGCACAGAGAAUGUCUCGAGAGCCUACUGAGUUCCAUGAUAAAGAACAACUUUUCAGAGUGGAAAUUUUCUCUGGCAAUCUUUAAUUUUAUUCUAACUUCAGUGUCUCAGGAUGAUCGUUUAUUUGUCAAAAAAUUCGUGGAAAGUUUUUUUUGGAAGGCAUGUAUAACGCGAAGUGAGCAAAAGUUUCAAAUCUUCCUUCUGUUCAUCCGGGAGAUAUCUUAUGCAAGCGGAGAAGCAAAGAAAACCACCUAUGCUACGUGGUACAAAGCCACAAUCUCUGAAAUGACCUACAAAAUUCAACCAGAAGAUUUUCGAGUUACAAUAGCCUACUUAAUCAAUUUUACUCAUCUCGAGGAAGACAUGGAUUUCCUGAAUGUUCAUAUCAAGACUUACAUAUCUGCUCCAGCUCGGUGUCAGGAUAUUGUGCAGGAAUUUAAGCAAAUCUCAAGAAUUCGUCUUAACUCCCUGACAACACAAACCGAAAAAUUGGAAAAAGUUGUACAGGUGUCAGGCGAUGAGGAUUGUGAUUGUGUAAUAUUCAUUGAUUGAAAGAAAAAUUUUAUUGACAAAAAGUAA